AUGCGUAAUGAACACCAUUUCAAAUACCAUUUUGAUGUUAUCAAUCCUGGGCUCUUCUGUUACACCCUCCUACCUUCCCAGCACGAGAGAAAAUGCUUCUGCAAGAAGGAAUUAAUGAAGAGAACUGCAAAAGAAUGUGUGACGACCUCUCCUGACACGGCAAAAACUUUCCACCCAUGUCACGACAAAGGGGAGAAGGGGUCGAGGUGGGGGGGUCCGUGUUUGCGAUCUGAACCUUUGGUACCUACAAGGAGGGUGUCUCACCGAACGGUAGCUAAAACCUCACCAGAACCGCGCGGAAGUGAGAAGUCGCGGCCAAAGGCGCCCGCAGAAGCCUCCUCUCUGGGCCGGACCCCAGCCCGAGCGGCCGAAAGGAGCCCCCCGCCCGGAUCACAGCUGCUGCAGCUGCCGCUGAAAUUCGCUGUGGCCGCUGCCUCUUCCCGCUUUAAUCCCAGACCUCCAGUCAUUGGGCAGCUCCUCAGAGGCAAGAAGUCAACACCAUGGCAACCCGACAAGCCUAUCAAAUCACCGGCUGGCGUGACAGCAGCAACACUGCAGGCAGGAGUGGGCUGGGCGGAAGAGCAGAGUGGCCACUGCGCUCAGAAGUUUACAAGGAAAGGGGAAAUGUCUGAAAUGGAGAUUGCACAAUCCUGUCUUGAAGCAGAAGACUCAGCUAGAGCACAUCUGGAAACACCCGGCACUCCUCAAUAGAAUUCAAAUGCUAUUUUAAAAGAUGUAAAAUCUGAGCUGCAACACUGAACAAAAGCUGUACUUGCCAGCCAGCAAAGAUGCUACCACUCUGCACAACAGAUAAAACCCAUACAUAUAGGGAAGUCAAAAGAGUCUUUAAGCUACAGUGUUUGAGAGGCUGUUUGUCUCUGAUGGAAAAUUAAGAAAAUGAGUCCAUUUCUAAGAAGAUGUGGUUCGAACAUACAGAGCUACAUAAUAUGAGUAAAAUAGGACCUAACAGUAGUGUUCUCCAGCAUUGCUCUGCCUUUCCUUUUCUGGAUGUAACAACAUUACUAAGAAAGGAAGAAAAAGCAAAAAUCUGCUCUCGGGGAGAUUCCAGCAUGUUGGAAAGCCCCAAAUGGAAGUCUCUGCUUUGGUUACAGGACAUAAGGUUUAAUAAAUAAAAAGAUGCUCAUCUGGGAUGCUGCACCAAUUAUCAUGUACUAAAUAAGGUUACCUAAUUCACUCUCCAGGUAGAAAUGUCUAUCAUAAGCAUGUGCCACAGAAGGUCUCACAAGUAUCAUUAUUGGCUGUGUUGAAUUUUGUUUUUAGUUCUCUUUUAUAAGGUCUGUAGUCUUACUUUCAGUGAGGAAGUGUUUUCUCAGGUUCUCAAGAAAGUAACAAAAUGCCAGCAUUGUCAAGGUCACCAUUGCCACUGAAUUAUCUUACUGUCUGAUUAUUCCAUCUUCCUCUGCAUCAUAUUAGCCUGAUGACUACAUUCUAAUUAUUUAAAGCGUUAUGUAAAUCAAAGCAGUAAAUGUAAUUUCUAGUCUUACUAGAUAUCAUGUACAUUAGGUCGAAUAACUCUAGAAAUGUCGUCAUAAUCAUGUCAUGCCUAAUGAUGACCUACUCAGCCCCUGCCAACAUCAUUCAAUUACUCAUUUCAGCAUUGAUUUUUCUCAUGCCUCUCUUCAUGGCAUUUAAACAGCCCUCACAUCUCCCCUUUUACUGAGGUGUAAUGUUGUAUAAUGACAGAGAUGCUUUGCUUCCCAGAUUCAUAAUGUUACACUCUGUUUCAAAUCCUUUUGGAGACAAAUUGGGGAAUCAAUAUAUAAAUAAUGACACACUUAUUUUUAAUUAAAAUCACUGCUUUCACAGAAAUGGUAUAUUAAAAUUAUUUUUGCUAAAAAAAUUUUAAAUACCUAUGUACGAUAAAAAGACUGCCAAUCCUUGGGAUCAAGAAUAUAAUUUGCCCCAAAUAACUUUUCUAUAAAAGUAGAAUUCUUAAUGGAAAAUAGAUUAAUACACAUAAUUUCAAGAUCUAACCUUAAAAAUGGAAAUAAUGUGUCCAUUUUUAAAAAUAAAUCAUAUUUACAUACA